AUGGAGUCCUCCGAGGGCCGUACCAAGGCCUACAAAUUUGUCGCGUACACGGCGGUCAGCUUCGCCGUCGUCGCCCUUCUCUCCGUCGUCUGCACCCUGCCCAUGGUGUACAACUACGUUGCCCAUGUACGCCGGCAGAUGCAGCACGAGCUCCAGUUCUGCAAGGGCUCCGCCCGCGACAUCUUCGACGAGGUCAACCAGAUGAAGCACGCCGCCGUGGUCCACCGCAACAGGACCACCCGCCAGGCCGGCGGAUACGGUGCCCCCGUUGUCAACCCCGAGCCCGAGUUCACCUGCGAUGGGUGCUGCUUGCCCGGCCCGCCCGGAGCUCAGGGAGCCCCUGGACGCCCUGGAAAGCCUGGUCGCCCCGGUGCCCCCGGAGCCCCUGGAGCCCCUGGAAAGCCGCCGCUUGCCCCCUGCGAGCCGACCACCCCGCCCCCGUGCAAGCCUUGCCCCCAGGGACCCCCCGGCCCACCCGGACCCCCUGGAGCCCCCGGAGACCCCGGAGAGGCCGGAACCCCUGGACGCCCCGGAUCCGACGCCUCGCCUGGACUCCCCGGACCCCGUGGACCCAACGGACCCCCCGGAGAAGCUGGAGCCCCUGGACCUGCUGGAGAGCCCGGAGUGCCCGCCCAAAGCGAGCCCCUCACCCCCGGACAGCCCGGAGAGCCCGGAGAUCAAGCCGAUGGAGGCGUCGGUCCGGCUGGACCCCCCGGACCCGCUGGAUCGGGCGGAGAGAAGGGUAUCUGCCCCAAGUACUGCGCCAUCGACGGAGGCAUCUUCUUCGAGGACGGAACUCGCCGU